AUGUCAAGCCCGCCAUCCUCAAACUAUUCUAAGCUCCUCGACACGAUUGUGUAUUGUGGCAAGCUGUUAAACAAGCGCCGCAUACUGCAUCCGAUUCGCAAUCGGAAUGGAAUAUCUGUAUCCGGAAAACAGCCCGUGCCGACCGGUCAGAAAGCCGCCGCUGCAGCUGCAACACAACACGGCUGUCACGCGGAGCAGGCGCACAUUUUGAGAGGGCCAAACCGCAAUAUGAAACGCGACCGGGUAGCUUGGAUCCACAUCGAUCGUCAAAUGAUCUUGACCAUCCACCGUCACGUGAUCUCGAAAGUGCCUAGAUAUAGCGUGACAAACGAUAACGACAAGACGUGGAUGCUACACGUUAACGGGGUCCAGCAAGAAGAUAAGGGAUACUACAUGUGCCAAGUCAAUACCAACCCGAUGAUCAGUCAAGUUGGAUAUUUGAAAGUUGUCGGUGAGUUGAAUUACUUAUAA